AUGCGGUUGCAAAUAUUAGAUAAAUUAGUGAAAGCAAUUGCAUCGCAUGAUUUUCCUGGUCUAAGGAGUACAUUGGACGCUUUCAAUCACUAUGAUGUAGAACGGAUCCGAAGAAUAGGACCUGAUCGAGUUGCUGCUGAAUGGAUUGUACGUUGCGAGGGAACAGUAAGAGCAAAAGACAGUUGGAAAAAGUCACCCUCUUUUACCACUUUGUAUGAAGAAGUUUGUUCAAUAACAUUGAAAAGAUUGCAACUGUACAAACAUUUCCGGACCGAUCACGACCCAAUUAGUUAUGAGAUAUUUGAUAAACCCGAUAUUGUAUUUCAUGAUUACAAUAUCAUGAUAAGAAGACUGGCUAAAAUGGAUUGCAAGAAAAAUAAUCAUGUUCGUGUUAUUAGUAUUGAUGCAACAGAUGCUUCAAUUACAGAUUCUGGUUGUCGCCAUUUCAUUGGAUUGACGUCGUUAAAUGAUGUCAAGUUUGUUCGAUGUACGCAGUUGGGGAAUAAAGGACUGUUUUUAUUAAAGGAAGGUGUAGUGAAUAACUUGCAGCGCUUACAUAUUGAAAGUUGUCCAAGGAUUACAAUUGCUGGUCUACAACUAAUUGGUGAUUUUAGAAAACUUCGGGCUUUAACACUGCGUGAUCUUUAUGGAUUGAACAGUCAAGCCGAAUUCUUGAAGUUAUUACAGAAACAGAUGCCCAGUUGUAAAAUCACAUAUUUGGACGGUGAUAAUACUCAAUGA